UAUGUAUAUAUUAUAUAUUAUUUUUGGGCGAAAAGCAGUGUUAAUUUUUUAAACAAUAUUAUGUAUUCACUAAUAGAAUUUGCAAAUGAACAAAAACCUGAAGUUGAAGUGGUCCCUAAUAUUUGGUUAGAAAAAGAGAAGGAAAUAUGGUAUUGUUUUUGGCCUCAAACAAUUUCCACCAAACAAAUUCGUAAGGCUAUCGAAAAAUGUUACUUACCGGACAAAAAUUGGAUAAAGUAUAAAUGCAGAAUAUUGCAUACAUAUGCUUCUUACGAUGAUGCGAGGAAAAAAUUAGUAGAUGCUGAAUUUACAUCUACUUUAGAAACUGAUGUAGAAUUGCAACCAACUAUUGAAUACCAACGGCCAAAAAGAAACGUGAAAAGACCUUUCCGACUUUGUUCGGAUUCUUCAGAUUCUUCAGAAAUUGAAGAAACAUCAUGCAAAAUCCCAUCUCUUCCUACAUUAAAAAUAACACCUACAGAAAAUAGUAAUAUUUUAUCGAAAAAAUCUAUAAUUACUUCAUACAAACCAUCAACAUCGACAGCCGAUAUUAACAAUUCUUCACAAUAUACAUCUAAUAUUACAAUUAGUCCUUCAAGAUCUUUAGAAAGAAUAAUUAGUUUUCCACAGAAUAUAGAAUUCAGAACUAUCUCUCCUCCUACAUUUAAAAUAACAUCUACAAAAAAUAAUAUUUUAUCGAAAAAACCUACAAUUGCUUCAUACAAACCAUCAACAUCGACAGCCGAUAUUGACAAUUCUUCAAAAUGUACAUCUAAUGUUGCAAUUAGUCCUCCAAGAUUUUCAGAAAGAGCAGUUAAUUCUCCACAAAAAAAAGAAUUCAGAACUACAUUGACCACUUCAGAAUUCCACAAAUCAGACUUCCCUUAUCUCAUUCUAACAAAAUUAAUGAGCUUAGAAAAUUCUAUGAACUUGCUUCUUCCGAUGGUCAAACAACUUGUAUCACAUUUUCAAAAAUCAAAAAUACCCCAUAUGGAAAAUGUUCCUGAACUACCAGUUGACACCGAUGAACAUUUGGAAAAUAUGGAAAGAUUUUUAGAUACAAAACAAAAUUUUGAAUAUAUGAUGAAUAUUUUAUCUGUAUCUGGUGGUACAACGAUUGUACAGAUAACAAGAAGAACAUUAGAAAAAGUAAUAACAAAUAAUUAUGCUAAGAAAUUUAAUUGGGCAGGAAGAGCACCUAAAAAAGCGUUCAAAGCUUUAAAAAUAAAAGAUUUGAUUAUAGCUACCGUAAGACAUGUUGAACCAAAUGCUGCAAUAAACACAAUUGAAAAUUCUAUCAAAGAUUGGUUGAAGUUGUCAUCUACUCGUGUCGCUUUAGCAGAAAUUAGGGCAUUAAAGACAUUUCAGCAACAAUAAUGAACUGAAAAAAGCAACAAUAAUGGACUGAAAAAAAGAUUCAUCAGAUCUCAAAAUACUCAUAAUAACCUCAUAAUAUCCUAGCUAUGUUAUGUUGAGAUUUAAUUAUAAGUACAGAAAAAAUAAUUUAUGUUAUGUUGAGAUUUAAUUAUAAGU